CAGGUCUCCGGCCCUGCGGGGCCGCCCGCCGACGGCUGGGGUGGGGGUCGCACCUCAACUGAGAAGGGCUUUGAAAUGGCGUUCGCCGUUUGCCUUGCAGUCCUCUGGCGCUUAGAGCCGGGCAGGGGUUGUCACCUCUCUAGCGAGUCGGUGCUGGCAGGGCUUGUCACUGCCGCCGGGAGCUUGUCUUGGCCCCAGCGAAGUCUGCGCUCAGCCCCGCGGACUUAGGCGGGGAAGGGAGGUGGCCUGAGCCCCGCUGAGGUGGUCCUGGGCUGCCUGGGGGCACGGGUGGCAGCGCCGUAGAAGCGCUGCUACUGAGGCUGUGCGGGUACACCGCCUCCGAGAGGGCGACCAGCUGUACCUGUUUUUCCAAAAUCAUAGGUAAGGAAUGCUCAGGAAAAAAAAUCUCCAUGAUUAAAAAUGGCAGAAGAUACUACAAGGCAAGAAGUAAGUAGGCGUGAUACGGAAUUCAGGCCCAUCGGGACAAGGCCAUGAAUAACUGAAGAAAAGUUUCUAAGUGACUUCUCGUGAUCCAAGGAAAUAACAAGGGAAGAGGGCCUAUGGAUCAGUAACAGAAAAGGAGAAGGGGAGAAAAAAGCCUCAUAACAAACCCUGAACAUAACUGAACAGGUGGGAACCAGCCACUUUACUUUUGGCUGCCUGAGAGUCAAACAUGGAGGGUGUUGAGAUUAAGGUAUAAGAAAGAAAGGUUUAUUGCUCAGAGAGACAGUACCUUUUGCUGAGUUGAGCAUAUGGCUAACAGGAGCUAUGUCAGAUGAGAACAGAGCAAAUCCUGAAGCAAACUGGAUUAGGAGGCCAUUGUAUGGAUUGUUUCAAUAUAAUUCCAGUAUGAUUGGACUAGAAUCAUUAGCCGAUCCCUCAGAUACCUGGGAAAUUAUAGAGACUAUUGGGAAAGGCACUUAUGGUAAAGUCUAUAAGGUUGCUAAUAAGAAAGAUGGAAGCUUGGCAGCAGUAAAGAUUCUGGAUCCGGUCAGUGAUGUAGAUGAAGAAAUUGAAGCUGAAUAUAAUAUUUUGCAGUUUCUUCCCAAUCAUCCUAAUGUUGUUAGAUUUUAUGGGAUGUUUUACAAAGCAGAUCAAUAUGUGGGAGGACAGCUCUGGCUAGUACUUGAGCUGUGCAAUGGAGGUUCUGUCACAGAGCUUGUCAAAGGCCUGCUGAAGUGUGGCCAAAGGUUGGAUGAAGCUAUAAUCUCAUACAUCUUAUAUGGUGCUCUCUUGGGCCUUCAGCAUUUACACAAUAACCGGAUCAUUCAUCGUGAUGUGAAAGGCAACAACAUUCUCCUGACAACAGAAGGUGGAGUCAAGCUCGUUGACUUUGGUGUUUCAGCCCAGCUCACCAGCACACGGCUGCGUCGAAACACCUCAGUGGGUACACCCUUUUGGAUGGCACCUGAGGUCAUUGCUUGUGAACAACAGUAUGACUACUCAUAUGAUGCUCGAUGUGACGUGUGGUCCUUGGGAAUAACAGCUAUUGAACUGGGGGAUGGAGACCCUCCUUUAUUUGACAUGCAUCCGGUGAAAACCCUUUUUAAAAUUCCAAGAAACCCUCCACCUACUUUGCUACAUCCUGAAAAAUGGUGCAGAGGAUUCAACCAUUUCAUUUCACAGUGUCUAAUCAAAGAUUUUGAAAAGCGUCCUUCAGUCACCCAUCUUUUGGAACAUCCGUUUAUUAAACAAGUACAUGGUAAAGAUAUGUCUCUGCAAAAACAGCUGGCUGAGCUCAUCCAAGAACAACAGCAGCUAGGCUCCGUAGCCAAAACAAGGCAUGAACAGAUACAUACUAGAGGACCUUACCAUGUGGACAGAGCUGACAAGUACUCUCUAGAUGAUGAUCUGGUAAACCUAGAAGUUCUCGAUGAGGAUACAAUUAUCCAUCAGCUGCAAAAACGUUAUGCUGACUUACAGAUUUAUACUUAUGUUGGAGACAUUUUAAUAGCCUUGAACCCCUUCCAGAAUCUCAGCAUUUAUUCUCCCCAGUUCUCCAAGCUUUACCAUGGUGUGAAGCGUUCAUCAAAUCCCCCCCACAUAUUUGCCUCUGCAGAUGCUGCCUACCAAAGCAUGGUUACAUUCAGCAAAGAUCAGUGCAUUAUCAUCAGUGGGGAAAGUGGUGCUGGAAAGACAGAAAGUGCCCAUCUGAUCGUCCAACAUUUGACCUUCUUGGGAAAGGCCAAUAACCGUGCUUUGCGUGAGAAAAUUCUUCAGGUGAAUCCUCUGGUUGAAGCAUUUGGAAAUGCCUGCACUGCCAUCAAUGACAACUCAAGUCGCUUUGGAAAAUAUCUGGAAAUGAUGUUUACACCUACAGGAGCUGUAAUGGGGGCAAAGAUUUCUGAAUAUCUACUUGAAAAAUCAAGGGUCAUAAAACAGGCUGUGGGAGAAAAAAAUUUCCAUAUAUUUUAUUAUAUUUAUGCGGGCCUUUAUCAUCAGAAGAAACUUUCUGAAUAUAGACUUCCUGAUAAAAAGCCUCCUAGAUAUAUUGAUAAUGAAACUGGAAGAGUAAUGCAUGAUAUUGUUACUAAAGAUUCCUAUGGAAGACAAUUUGAAACGAUUCAGCAUUGUUUUAGAAUUAUAGGAUUUACUGAUGAGGAAGUGUACUCAGUGUACAGAAUACUGACUGGAAUCUUAAAUACUGGAAAUAUUGAGUUUGCUGCUAUUUCUUCACAACACCAAACAGAUAAAAGUGAGGUUCCUGACCCAGAAGCCUUAGAUAAUGCUGCUGCAUUACUAAGCAUUGGGUCAGAAGAACUUCAAGAGGCCCUAACCUCCCACUGUGUUGUAACACGGGGGGAGACUAUUAUCCGAACAAACACCGUGGACAAAGCAGCGGACGUGCGAGAUGCCAUGUCUAAAGCACUUUAUGGGCGGCUCUUCAGCUGGAUUGUAAAUCGUAUUAAUACACUGCUUCAGCCAGAUAAAAAUAUAUGCAAUGCUGAAAGUGGGAUGAAUGUUGGGAUACUUGACAUAUUUGGAUUUGAGAACUUCGCAAGAAAUUCUUUUGAACAGCUGUGCAUAAAUAUUGCUAAUGAACAGAUCCAGUUUUAUUUCAAUCAACAUAUCUUUGCACUGGAGCAGAUGGAAUAUCAGAGUGAGGGAAUUGAUGCUGCUACAGUGGAGUAUGAGGACAACCGUCCACUUUUAGAUAUGUUCCUUCAGAAACCCAUGGGUCUCCUCUCUCUGCUAGAUGAAGAAAGUCGAUUUCCUCAGGCAACAGACCUAACUUUAGUUGAUAAAUUUGAAGAUAACUUACGAUGCAAAUACUUUUGGAGACCAAAAGGAGUGGAACUGUCAUUUGGUAUUCAGCACUAUGCUGGAAAGGUAUUAUAUGAUGCCUCUGCAUUCCUUGAGAAGAACAGAGACACUCUUCCUGCUGACAUAGUGGUGGUGUUGCGAACUUCAGAGAACAAACUUCUUCAGCAGCUGUUCUCUAGCCCAUUAACAAAAACAGGUAAUUUGGCACAAGCAAGAGCCAGAGUGACAGCAGCAUCUCGGUCUUUGCCUCCGCAGCUCAGUGCUGGGCGUAUCAAGUCUCCUAAAUAUCUCCUGAAGGUUGACACAAUGGAAGUUAUGCGGCAUCCUGAGGAAACAACUAACAUGAAGCGGCAAACUAUGGCUUCCUAUUUUAGGUAUUCCCUCAUGGAUCUUUUAUCCAAAAUGGUUGUUGGACAGCCUCACUUUAUCCGCUGCAUUAAACCUAAUGAUGAUCGUGAAGCACUGAUGUUUUCUCAUGAGAGAGUUCUGCUGCAGCUACGAUAUACUGGAAUUCUGGAAACUGUCAAAAUACGUCAGAAAGGGUAUUCUCAUCGCAUCCUUUUUGAAGAGUUUGUAAAAAGGUAUUACUACCUUGCGUUCAAGGCACACGAGACUCCCCUUGGUAGCAGAGAAAACUGUCUUGCCAUUUUGGAGAAAUCUAAACUAGACAACUGGAUUCUUGGGAAAACCAAGGUUUUUCUAAAGUAUUACCAUAUAGAGCAGUUAAAUUUGUUCCUGCGAGAAGUUAUAGGAAGGGUGGUGGUCAUGCAAGCCUAUAUCAAGGGAUGGCUCGGAGCAAGGAGGUACAAGAAAGUCAAAGAUAAAAGAGAAAAUAGUGCUAUUACUAUACAGUCAGCCUGGAGAGGAUAUGAAGCUCGCAGGAAGUAUAAGGAAAUAAGGAACAGAAGAACUGAUGCUGCUAUACAUAUUCAAGCAGCUUUUAGGGGAUAUAUUGUUCGUAAAAACUACACAAGAUUGAAAAACAGCAUUGAGCGUGUCGCAGAUGCUCAGCUUACAAGCAGCUGCUCUACUUCAGAUUUUGGCUGUGAAGAAGACUGGCAGCAAACCAGUAACCAGUCUUCUCCCGUGGUGCCUGAUUUUCUUGACAAACAAACUAAAAAGAGUAAUUUGGAUGAGAUUUCUGCUUCUCCGUUUAUUCUAAAAUGUUCAUUUGAAAUGAGCGAUUCACAAUCAGUUAGCCAAUCCCAGACAGUUGCAGACCAUCAGUUGUCAAGUCUCUUGAGAUCCCAUAAAAAAGGAGGUUCAGAAAACUGUCUUGAACAGAAGCUGAGAACACCUCGUCGACGAUGUCAGCAGCCCAAAAUGCUGAAUAGCCCUGAGGACAACAUGUACUAUAACCAGUUAAAUGGAACUCUAGAAUAUCAAGGGAGCAAGAGGAAGCCAAGAAAACUUGGCCAAAUCAAAGUACUGGAUGGAGAGGAUGAGUAUUACGAAUCAUUGUCAGCUGUUGAAUCUACCCCUGAAGAUGAUGAUUUUCUCAGCUCACCAUCUCAUCCUUCUUCAAGAGAUGUGUCUUUUGCUCAAAGCUGAACCUCACUUAUUCUAUUGACUAAUACUGGUAAGAGUAUUUUUCUGCUGAUGAUCUCUUCCAGUUAACUUUGUUACUGUGUGUUUAUAUAAUAUGUUAAAAAUACCAUGUUAGCUAGUUACUUUAGUUCACUGAUUUGGACCUGGGUUGGCAGCUGUACACUGUCACAUUUAGCUAUAUUUCUAUAAACAAUUCCAGUAAAGGGGAGCAGCACUACCUGGAUGUGUUGAUGUUGAUAAUGGACACAUUUCUUUAGCAGCAAGAUUAGUUUAUCCAAUUCUGACCCCUUCUUUCCUGCUUCCCCCUCCCCUGGCUGCUGUUCCCACCCUGUGCCAUUCCUUCUGUUGUGCUGGCACAACUGGUGGUAGAGCUGUGUGAAAAGUAAGAUCAAGAAACUGAACUAGAUUAAAAGAACACUGUACUAAAAAUUUUAAUUUGGGGUCAUAGUGAAAAUGGUUUGUAUUUCAUUAGACUGAUAUUAAACAUUGUCCUUUAUAACAUUCUCUGCUGUGUAUGACUUUUAACACUAGAAAAAUGUACAGAGUAAAAUAAUCUAAAAUAUAAUUGUGUCUCAGUUCACCUUCCAAGUACUUUUCUUACAAAGUAUUAGUUUACUGUAAGUCUAACUUGAGGAAUUACUUCAAAUGUAAGAAGUAAAACAGUUUUAAGGCUAACGUUUCACACACUGCUUCAUAUAGUCCUUGUGACUGAAACCAUCAUUAUGACUAGUUAUUCUUGUUAUCCAUGCAAAUAUUUAAUUUAUUCCUUAAACUGUAUCUCUGGGCUCCAGUGACUCCUGCAUUUCCACAGCCCUCUUGUACGUGGCAGAGGGGGAAAAAGUCACCUGCAAAUUUCUCUACUUGCUUUUCACUUUCUUUGAAAAUCCUUAAUGAAACUGUGUGUGACUUUCUAUGGAAUACUGAGAUUCUUUGCCACUUACUGUUUCCAUGGCAGAAACAAACUAUUUCACCUUACUUUUUUAUUUCUGGUUCAGAGACACAAUUUUGAUCUGUGACCAUUCUUUGCUUCUUUUCCAGACAAGCUCUUGUCAAAAACUUUUGGAAAUAAAAUGUUUUCAUUUACUGCCUUACACAUUUGCUCAAAAUGAUUCAUUUUUUCUUUUUUGAAAAACCAUAGUGAUUAAAUCUGACCAUGUAUUUUACAGACCUAGUUAUGAUCCUUGUUUUUAUCUCUGCUCCAAUGAGUUUACCCUGAUCUGUGCUGAUAGAUCUUCUUCCUACUGGAGAUGCAUCUCACACCUGUUUCUUAAGCUACAUAAUUUCUUACUAUCAAUGUUCCCUGGCAUCGGUUUUUUGACCACAGGACAAGGAAAGGUGGCAUGAGAAAUGAAACCCAAGUGCAGUCAGGAUAACCGUAAACCAGAAUAGGGUUCAAAAGAAGAAAAAGUAAUGAAAUAGAUAGUUCCACAAAAGCUUUGUUUCUCCUAACAAACACAGAAAUUGUUAGGCUGGGCAGAUGAGGAUGAGUGAAGGAUUCCAGGAAGAAAAAUUCUUCAGUCAUUCUUCACCCAAAAUGUGAGAGAAGGUUGAAACUGGAAGCUGUAAUCCUGACAGACACUGAAGUCUUUCAGUUCACUCCUCAUUCUCCUGUGAUGUACAUUUGGGUAGGUGUACUUUACAGGCACUUAAGAGCCUUUGAAAUUUAGGAACUCCUUAAACAACAGAGAUUUGGUGAAUAGCUGCAGAUGAAUUAAUGGCAUUAAAAAAUGCAGCACAAAUAGAAAUGGCAACUAAUAUGAAUGCAUGGGUACAGAUCAGUUUCUUUACAUUUUGUCAAAUGCAACAAGAGUGAGUAUUUGUUAUGAUAACUCAUCAAAAUUAUGUCACUUUUCCUAUGCAAUGUAUAAAUUUGUUAUAUAUGUUAAUUUGUAACAUAUCUGGAUGGAAAAUAACAGUAUUUUUAAACAGUCAAAUUACUUGCUCUACUCUUCUAUUGGCAUAGAUCACACGGAGUCCUAGCAAUAUUGAUUCUUUCUGGUUCCUUCCUUUUUGAAAACUGUUUGGGAAAAUAAAGUUUUAUUGUUACUGCAAUUCACACCA